AAAAGGCCAAUAAUAAUUGUGAAAAUGUUCGCCGAAGUAGAUGUUUUUAUAAGUAACUACACAUUGGUCGACCCGGAAAUUUACCAACUAUGGAUCGAAGGUUAUUCAUCCACCGAAGCAGUGACCCUACUGAAACAAAAGGGCAACCUGAUGGCAGGCAUUCCACUGGACCUGAUCACCUCGGACGUCCUGGAUCACUAUCGUACCUAUUCGCUGCUGGAGCGCCUUCUGCACACUCCAUCGAAGCUCUCGGAGCAACCAUCAUUCCAGCUGGAGCCGCAGAGCCGCUCGCUACUGAUAGAAAAGUACUACUCCCUGGAUGACUCCGUUGCCCGGGAGCUGUUCGGCAAGAAGUUCAACGCCCGCAAUCGGAAGGACUUGGACGAGGUGGCCGAGAAGACGGGCGUCCGGCUCAAGUCCUGCCGGCGGCAGUUUGACAAUGUGAAGCGAAUAUUCAAAGCCGUCGAGGAGAUGCCUGGGAAUACGGCUACCAACAUCAAGCAGCUGUUCAUACUGUCCGAUGAGUUGGCGCAAAAGUAUGCCGCCAUAGUGUUCAUUGCCUGUUUGCGGUUCGAGACGAUGAAGCGCAAGCUGCAGUAUCUUAAUUUUAAAGAUUUCUACGAGUGUUCACAAGCAAUAAUGACAAAUUGGACGUACACUUAUCAACAUGCCGGGCCCGAGUACUACGACACAGAAAUGGAUAAGGAGUUUCUGUUGGACUUGAGGGAAAUUCGAUACCUGCUGGAUAAAGAGAAGGAGAUAAAAUGUUUGGUAUCGAUCCGGCUGAAACCGACCAUGCUGGACCGGACCUACCAGGAGGUGGACGCCAACUUCCGAUCCUAUUGGCGUUCGAUCAUCACCAUCGCCAUCAGCCUCCACCGGACCCGGGAGAUGCGGCAGCUGUUCCUCGAACUGGCUGAACGUCUGAUUGAACCGUGGAAAUUGAACAAUUGGCCCAAGGAUCAAGUCAGCCAGUUUAUGCAAUGUCUUACGCAGAGCGUUCUGGACCUGGAGGUACCCCGGGACAAUCAGGAUAUCCGCUGUCUGUGGGAUCGCUACAUGCAGGUCGUUACCGUUUGCGUGCUGAAAAUGUAUCACAACUAAGGUUGGGGUGGCAU